ACUGGAUUCUAAACCAGCUCGUUCCUUCUUAUAUUUUCAAGGGAUGGGUUAAUUUCCUGUAAAGUUCUUUGGAAGUGAGAUAGCACAGUGUGCUACUUUGCUCUUUCUCGUUGGGGGACUGGAUUCAAAUCCUGUUAAUUCCUUCCUUUAUUUUAAGGAAUCGGUUAGUUGACCUUGCAGUCAGUGUGAAACACGGAUUUCAUGUAGGAGCUAGUGGUGCAGUGGGCUAAUCCCAUAGCCUUCUUUCCCUGAACACGGCGGUUCAAAUCUCUACCGAUGCUGCCGCCCCGUGGCGAGUGAGUGAAACUGUCAUGUCAUACAGAGUGUUUUGUUUUGUGUUGGGCGGUGAAACAGGCAGGUAUUUACAACCAUACACUUUCCAGGCAGCCUUGUCUUCAAGGCAGAUAGGAAAAAGAACACAGCUUUUGAUGACAGCACAGGGGAAAAAUCCUCUUCUUUCUCCUUGGACUUGCACUCUAAUAUUUUAAACAAUAAACUGCCUUUGCAUCCGUGUGAAAAACCAACUAUGGCCCACAUUGAACAGCAGACGGAGCUAAUGAGAGGUAAAAACACGUAAGGAAAACAGCAGCGCACGUACACGCACGCAGCGCUCCGCGUCCGGAUUAAAAAAAAAGAGAGAGAAAAUAUUUGACGGUGUUAACCUGCAACGUAGAAAUCAAAUUUCAUUCCAGAUGUCGUUUUUUUAAAAUGAAAACCAACCCCGUUUAAUUCUUGUAUUUCCAUAUGUUAUUGUUUUCCCACACUCCACCACGGCGCUGGCGCCAUGCUGAUGGCGGAGGAGAUGUAAAUGGCUACCCAAAUGGCCGAAGGGUUAGCCUCCUGUAAGGGGGACCGAGAGGCUCUGAUACGAUACUUGAAUCAGUUCAGGCAGGUCUCCGAGAGCGACAAGCACUGGACAGCGAGGAGGCAGUUCCUUGUAAAACAUGUAUGGGAUUAUGAGGUCAACACGGACCAGCUGCUGUCCCUAUCAAUGGUGUGGACCAACCACGUCUUCAUGAAAUGCCGGUAUAGCCCUGAGAUCAUGCGGAAGGUCCUUGAUAUGGCUGAAGGGAUUGACAUAGGGGAGAUGCCGUCCUUUGAGCUGGUGCCUGGAGCCACAGCAAACAAGAGACCAAGCUCAUCAAAUGGAGGUGAUGUGCCGGUGAAGAAACCAGCAGUGUCCAGGCUUGUCACCAGACCUCGAUUCGAGCCCGUCCACUUUGUAUGUAGCAGCGGCACAGAGGAGAAAGAGAACGAGAAAAAGCACACAAGGAGCGACAUGGACAGCGGUGGAGAGCGUGCUGAUGCUAACAGCAGACCUACACAAACUGCGCAAGACCCCUGCUUUCAGAACACUACUCCAUAUGUUUUCGACUCAGGAACAAAUCAAGAAGAUUGUGACGCAGCAGCCAGCACUAGCGGUUUUGGUCUUCAGAACCAGGACAAGACCGCCUCUUCAAACUUCAUGACGAAAACGCAGCAGGACUAUGCUGCUAAGUAUGAGGCGCAUCAUUUGAAGCGGUCUGAGAGUUCCCAGAGUAAGAGGGUGGAAGAGAUUUGGGGCAGCACUCCAGCCAGCUCUCGAGAUGUCCAUAGGGGGUUGGGGUUUGCAAAGCAGGAAGCACCCGAGCCUAGUGGGACCUUCAACAGGACCAAGCAGCCAGCUGAGAGGAGCUCCCACCCUUCCAUGUAUGAUUCUCCUAAACCAGUUCCUGUCUCUUCGGCCACGAUCGAGGAGAAGCAGAGGUUGAUCAUCAGGGUGGCAUCGAUAGUCUGCAUUACCUAUGCUGAUCCCACAACUAUGAACUCUGGGGACAUACCCAAUUAUAACUUUAUACUGAGCCGCAGCAUCCAAGCUUGUAAGACCAACCCUGAAUAUUUCUACAUCUCCCUCAAAGAGAUCCCUCCGGCUGACCUCCCAAAGAACAGAAAGCUGCCCACGGACGGCUAUGCUUGUGAGUUAAGGUGCCAGUGUGUCUACCUGGCGACGGGCUACUCUGGCAGCAAAAACGGAGCCAGGGAUCGCGCAUCAGAGCAGGCAGUGAAACUGUUUUUAAAGCCUGUGGAGGUGAGAGUCGUCCGCCGCAAAUUCAAGCACGGCUAUAUCGACGACUUGGUCGUGUGUCAGACGCACGCCCACAAUCUCAGCUUUCCUCCGGCACUACGGAACCCAGAGGAAAAGCCCCCGUCAGGCCCCAGAGGUCAUUUUGAGCCGGACCCAAGGAAGCACUGGAGCACGUUUGUCAUUGUUGACAAUGCUCACGAUGCCAUAUGCAUCCUCAAUAACUCGGCUGCCUUCAACCGGAUGAAGAUAGAUUACAAAUUCGACAAUAUUCCCAACACCAACACCUGGCAGUGCAGCGUGUACCUGCAGGAUGAGUUUGUGGCGCGAGCGAACGGAAACAAGAAAUCCUCCAAGCACGCGGCAGCAGAGGAGGCCCUCCGCAAGCUGCGGCAGAACCAGCCGGCAACACCGCAGUUUCCCAGGUCGAACCAUCACAGCGACAACGGUGGCCGCCACCACCAGUCGACCGGCAGGAAACGGCAGCUGAGCGAGCUCGUCAUCUUGGAGAAUUCCGACAACGCCAUCUGCAUCAUCAACGACACGGCUCAGUUCAACAAGAUGGCAGCCGACUACAAGUUUGUGGUGAUGCCGGACCACCGGUGGAAGUGCGAGGUGUACCUGGAGGGCCAGUUCGUUGCUGCGGGGAUCGGGCCGAAGAAGAUCGUGAAGCACAUCGCGGCGGAGGAGGCCCUGGCCAAACUGAGGCAAACGCAGGCGGUGGUGAAGUCAAACCUGAGGAAAGAGGGCAACGAGGAGGCCAUCUCUCGCAACCAGAUCCAGGCACACUCGUCUGAGGAGGCCAUGAAGCAGGAGAUCAAGGAGGACAACAUCGGCAACCAGCUGCUGCGGAAAAUGGGUUGGAAAGGAGGUGGUCUGGGAAGAGAAGGGGAGGGCAUCGCAGAGCCCAUUAAAGUGAAAGAACAGUUCUCCAGGGAGGGCCUCGGCCUGGACAUGGACAAGGGAAGCAACCGUUUAAACAAGAGAGACAUCGAGGAAAUCAUUCGCAAUUACGCCUGCUCGGAAAGGCAGGACGAUUUGAGGUUCUCUACUGAGCUGAACAACGACGAGCGCAAGCAGAUCCAUCAGAUGUCUCAGAAGUAUGGCCUUCGCAGCAAGUCCUACGGACAGGCGAAGCAGCGGUUCCUGAUAGUCAGCCGGAAGGUUCAGAAGGAGCAGUUGAUCGGUCAGCUUUUGCAGGAAGGACAGGUUGGCCGAUACGAGUUGGUGAAACCUCAGGCCCGUUUUCAGUAAACCCAUUUUGUACUGUAAUUGCCUCAUUCCUCCCAAGUUAAAAUAUUUUUACCAGGAAAUGCUUCAAUUAAAUAAAGUCAGUCAGAGUCAUUUUGCUUAACAUUGUAUUGCCCUGUGCUUUCCUUUCCAUGUCUCAGUCUGAGAUAUAAACAUGCAGGCCUGCCCCUUGCCAUGUGUUAAUUUUGACACCUGGUUCUAACAUUUGUAGCUUGCAACAGGACUUGCAUUAUACUUCCAGAGACUGGUUAGUAGACUGGUGGGUAGUGUGUUGAAUUUUUCAAGAGAAAUAUAUUUGCAGUUUAUGGUGGACAUUCGAGGAAAAUGAAACAAGAAUAGAAAAGUGAAAUUGGAUGGGGUCUGUAACACACUACCAGUAGAUCCAAUCCCAUUCUUGGAUGUUAAUGAUGUGUUCUGAUGGAGGGGCAGUGUUUUUGUUGUUGUAUUUUAAAAUAUGGUAAAUUGAUGACAUGCAAAAAAAAGGUCAAAGGAUCUAAUAAAUUCCUCUUGUCAUUAUUUUAUUUU